GGUGGGAGAGGGAAAGCGGCUGAUGACCGCUACUGCUAACCUAGAUCAUCAGUCUCUCUAGUGAAUGAUGGUGGCCACACUCUCGUCUCAAAACCAGCUUUUAAACACGCUGGUAGAAAAGAGUGAUUUACUUUCUUGGAUCAAAGGCAAGUUCAUUGGACACCAUUUGAGGGAAAUUUCGAUGAGGCAAGUAGAGAGACAUGAUAAGAUAGACGACUGCUGGAUUAUACUUUAUGAUAAAAUUUAUGAUAUAACAUUCUUCAUAAAUAAGCAUCCAGGAGGUGCUGAAGUGAUGUUGGAGUAUGCAGGCCGUGAUGCUACGUUUGCUUUUGAGAGUAUUGGACAUGAUCUUGACGUUUUAAAAAAAAUUCAGCAGAAUCUCAUCGGCCAGUUACCGAAGGAUGAACGUAUCUUUUUAAGCAAAGAUGAAUUAAGACCUCGGAUAGUAUAACUGAUUUUGAAGAGAGACUGGCUGUGAAAAUUAAGAUCUAAAGGAGGGAUGGAAAAACACAUUACUACUCAGACUCGUUCAGAGUGACAUUUUUUCAAGCUAUAAGUUGACUGCCUUCUUUAAUUAAGUAACGCUAUCGAGUGCUGAUAGAAUUGAAAGUUAACAUUGAUGGAGAGAAGUGUUUUCUUGUUGUACUGCCAUUAUUGUAAUUGGCUUCUGUCUUUAGCACUUUAGCAGACCUAAUCAAGAGACAUCCGAGUUUGAAAUCGUCGAGGAAUUCUUGUCAAAAUUUAGAAAAUUACGUCUGGAAAGUUUCAAAAACCACUUAACAACCCCCCAAAAAAUGGAAAAAUGGCAAAGGUUUUUGAAACACAGGGUUACAUUAUUUUAUUUAACAUUGGGUCUCCAUGUUUAAGAAUGGAAUUUUUCAGCAGAAUAAAACAUGUCCAGUCCCACUGUUAAAGGCUUGUUCCUCAAAAGUUAGCUGUAUUACAAGCGAUGCUCUUCAACUGUGACAUUUAUCAGGCUGUUGAAAAUGUGUCACUUCACCUAAGAGGAGGCAUUUUACAUCUGGCAUGCAUCAAUGCUUUAGAGAAUUGAUUGAAUUUUUCCUAUAAAAAAACUAGUUUCGAGGAAAAAACUUUAAGUUGGUAAAAAAUCCUAAUGUGAUGGAUUUCUUUGGCGAAUGUUCCGAAUUCAGGGUUACAAAAUACCCCUAGCCCUUAUAUCACCUGUGAACUUGCUGUAAAUUUACAGACUUCAAUAACUAUCCUAAUUUUUUUCGAUCUAGUCACCGAUAUUUUCCAUUGAAUGUUCGUGUCUUAAGUAUCGUACGCGUCUGUACGUAUCCUUCACUAAAGAGAGGAAAUCUGAGAAAGAAAAAGUUUGGAUAGGAAGAGGAAAAUCUCAUUGUAAAAAAAUGUAUUCUUCCUGAUCAUUAAUGCACAAAAUUUUUUUUCAAUAGUUGAAUUUAGCAAAUGAAGAGUAGUUUUAUGGCAAAAGGUUCUAGAUUUAUUACAAAGCUCUUUACUGCCAUUAAAAAAAUGAGAAUCAAAAUUCAGUGUACAAUUAAAAGUAAAGAAAAAAAAUGACGCUAAAAAUACACCAUUUUUAUAUAAA